AUGAGAGAUGGGAAACAAAUAGAGGCCUUACCAGUGGUGCCUGGAUCCCUUGCAUCUACCAAAGUAGAAGAUGUUUUUGAGAAUAUUCCCCAGGUCAGUAUCUCUAAGUUGCGCAUCAUUUUUGGCUUCAUCCUGACAACUGUGAAGAAUUCAUUUGGUUAUGAGGAAUGCUGUUCAGAAUUUACUCCAGUGCGGAUCUCAAUUCUAGGAAUCGCCAUCUUCUUCUGCCUUUGCUGGUUAAUUAGAGACAACUUGCAACUCAAGAAUAUCAAGGAGAAAUACAUCUUCAUUACUGGAUGUGACACUGGCUUUGGAAACUUGCUGGCCAAGCAGCUUGAUAAACGAGGGUUUCAUGUAAUUGCUGCAUGUUUCACAGUAAAUGGAGCAGAGGAACUACAGAUAGAUUGUUCAUCUAAACUGAAGACUGUCAGGCUCAAUGUGACCAGCCAAGAUAACAUUCAGAGAGCAUUGGAGUUUGUACAAGCAGAGGUUGGCGAUCAAGGUCUAUGGGGUUUAGUGAACAAUGCUGGAAGAGUAAUUCCAAUAGCACCCACAGAAUGGCUGACUGUGGAAGAUUUUACCAGAAUCUUGGAUGUUAAUCUAGUUGGACUUAUUAAUGUCACCCUUCAUUUCCUUCCACUGGUGAAAAAGGCAAAGGGAAGGAUUGUGAAUGUUGCUAGUGUCAUGGGUCGUAUUUCAUUUGCCGGUGGUGGAUACUGUUUAUCGAAAUCUGGUGUGGAGUCUUUUUCAGACAGUUUAAGGAGGGAUAUGCAGCACUUUGGAAUCAAAGUCAGCAUUAUUGAACCAGGUUUCUUCAAAACAGAAGCUACAAACUUAGAACUUGUUGAGAAAAAUCUCCUACAGCUUUGGGAGAGACUCACUCCUGAGACCAGGGAUCAGUAUGGACCAAAAUAUUUUGAUAAUUACAUUAAAAUACAACGAUUUUCAAUGCUCUCACUGUGUUCUACUGACCUUGCGAAAGUGACUAACUGCAUGGACCAUGCUCUGACAGCCAAGUAUCCGCGGACACGUUACAGUGCUGGAUGGGAUGCUAAGCUUUUCUGGAUUCCCAUCUCCUAUGCACCAUCAUUUCUAGCAGACUGCAUGCUACGUUUGUUGUUACCUACCCCUGUAUACAGUUUGAGAAAAUCAAAAUCCAGAAACAUAGUUGAUGUAUAA